UGUUAGUAGUCAAUUAUAACAAUUGUUACGGAAUGCACUCCAUCCUCCUUAAAAACUGCAAUCAUCGUCUGUGUCUGCCACACAAACCACAACAAAUUGUGGAAUUUCAACAGAAUAUUAAACAAUUUAGUUGUUUAUUAAAAUCAACAAAUUCCAGCAACAAUUCAAUCCCACUGUCAUCGUUGUUCAAAAAAGAACAAGUUACACAAACAAAUUGCACAUUUGAUGUUCAUUUGCUAGACAACGGCUGUCGACAGUUUCGUGAUUAUUCUAUAAAUUUUAAUAAAUCAAGUGGAGAUAAUUUUGAAGUGCCUAGAUUUUUCAGUGAUUUAAUUAAGAGGAAUUGUCGAAAAUUCAGCAAUAAAAUGGCUCCUAUUUUAGCACCCACUGUGAAAUUAAAUAAUGGCUACGAAAUGCCCAUUUUUGGUUUGGGUACUUACGAGUCCAAAAACAACGAAGGUGAAAUUGCUGUUAAGCAUGCCAUAGAUGUGGGUUAUCGUCAUAUAGAUACGGCCUAUUUCUAUCAAAAUGAAGCUGAAAUUGGCAAAGCUAUUAAGGAUAAAAUAGCUGAGGGUGUAGUUAAAAGAGAGGAAAUCUUUUUAGUCACCAAGUUAUGGAAUAUACACCACGAACCCGAACGUGUGGAGGGGGCCUGUCGCAAACAAUUGCAAUUAUUGGGUUUGGAUUAUAUAGAUCUGUAUUUAAUGCAUCUGCCGGUAGGCUAUAAAUUCGUUAACGAAGAAUCUUUAUUGCCCAAAGAUGAGGCUGGCACUUUACAAUUGAGCGAUGUUGAUUAUUUGGAUACCUACAAGGCCAUGGAAAAAUUGGUUAAAUUGGGUCUAGUGCGUAGCAUUGGUGUUUCCAAUUUCAAUAGCCAACAAUUGCAACGUAUUUUGGAUAAUUGUGAAAUAAAACCAGUUACCAACCAAGUUGAAUGUUCGCCUGCUUUGAAUCAACGUAAAUUGACUCAGUUCUGUAAAGAACGUGAUAUUACUUUGACCGCUUACUCGCCCCUGGGACGUCCUAAACCAGCGGACAAUAAACCAGAAUUCUAUUUCUCUGCAAAAACUAAGGCCUUGGCUGAGAAAUAUAAAAAGACCCCAGCUCAAAUUGUUUUGCGUUAUUUGGUCGAUAUUGGCGUCAUACCAAUUCCCAAGUCCUCCAAUCCCCAGCGUAUUGCCGAGAAUUUCAAUAUUUUUGAUUUCAAAUUGUCUGCCGAAGAUAUUGCCGUUAUGGAUACCUUCCAUACCGGUGAACGUUUGGUGCCUUUCAAUUUAGUUAAAGCCCAAAAUCAUAAAUAUUUUCCCUUUAACAUUGAAUUUUAAAGCAAACUUUAUGGAGAUUAUUUGAAUUUGUAAAUAAAAUUUGCAAAAUAAAACGUAUUUGACAUACGUUAUAUGUCUAGUUAAUAAAAGUUUAAUUUGUUAUUAUUAAUUUGGAGUAUAUUAGAAAUAAGAAUAUGUUUUUAGAAACAUUAAUGAACAACUAUUACAAAAGAUAUUUGCGAAAAUCAAUAAAAAUUUCAACUUAAAUAUCUUCUAAAGUAUAACGAAAA